CCACUUUGCUCUGACGUCCGUCUCCAGAGCUCUGACGAUCGCCCCCGCCCGCCUCCCUUAUAAAGAGACUUUUCCCAAUACCCGGAUCGAUCACCUUGACCCUCGCAGCCCUCGUCGAGCUCCCCACCUAUCCCCCUCCCACUCACCCCGCUCCUCCCUCCCUCGCUGCCCGGGAAAUCAAGAGACGCCCGGACCCCGGAACAGCUCCAGGGUGACGCCCAGAAGGCUUGAUGAAGUAGCCCACUGUGGAAGAAUCUGCUCCUUACCUUAAAUAAAAAUGGCUUUUCAUGUAGAAGGACUGGUAGCUAUCAUCCUGUUCUACCUCAUUAUAUUUCUGGUUGGAAUAUGGGCUGCGUGGAAAACCAAAAACAGCGGCAAUGCAGAAGAGCGCAGCGAAGCCAUCAUAGUCGGGGGGCGAGAUAUUGGUUUGUUGGUCGGUGGCUUUACCAUGACAGCCACCUGGGUUGGAGGAGGUUACAUCAACGGGACAGCUGAAGCAGUUUAUGGCCCAGGCUGUGGUCUUGCAUGGGCUCAGGCACCCAUAGGGUAUUCUCUGAGUCUGAUCUUAGGUGGUCUGUUCUUUGCAAAACCUAUGCGUUCCAAGGGAUAUGUGACCAUGCUAGACCCAUUUCAACAGAUCUAUGGAAAGCGCAUGGGUGGGCUGCUGUUCAUUCCUGCACUGAUGGGAGAGAUGUUCUGGGCUGCAGCAAUUUUCGCUGCAUUAGGGGCCACCAUCAGCGUGAUCAUUGAUGUGGAUGUGAAUGCGUCGGUCAUUGUCUCUGCCCUCAUUGCCAUCCUUUACACCCUAGUGGGCGGGCUCUACUCUGUGGCAUAUACUGAUGUUGUUCAACUGUUCUGCAUUUUCAUAGGACUGUGGAUCAGUGUCCCCUUUGCCCUGUCACAUCCUGCAGUCACCGACAUUGGAUUCACCGCUGUGCAUGCCAAAUACCAGAGUCCCUGGCUGGGAAGCAUUGAACCAAUUGAAGUUUACACCUGGCUUGACAAUUUUCUGUUGUUGAUGCUGGGUGGAAUCCCAUGGCAAGCCUACUUCCAGAGGGUUCUCUCUUCGUCCUCAGCCACCUACGCUCAGGUGCUGUCCUUCCUGGCAGCUUUUGGGUGUCUGGUGAUGGCUCUACCGUCCAUAUGCAUAGGAGCCAUUGGAGCCUCCACAGACUGGAACCAGACUGCCUAUGGGUUCCCAGAUCCCAAGGCCAAGGAGGAAGGAGACAUGAUCCUCCCGAUUGUCCUCCAGUACCUCUGUCCUGCGUACAUUUCCUUCUUUGGGCUUGGUGCUGUUUCCGCCGCUGUCAUGUCCUCAGCUGACUCUUCCAUCCUGUCAGCAAGUUCCAUGUUUGCUCGGAAUAUCUACCAGCUUUCCUUCAGACAAAAUGCAUCAGACAAAGAGAUCGUGUGGGUCAUGAGGAUCACUGUGUUGGUGUUUGGAGCAUCCGCAACAGCCAUGGCCUUGCUGACAAAGACUGUGUAUGGGCUCUGGUACCUGAGUUCUGACCUAGUCUAUAUCAUCAUCUUCCCCCAGUUGCUCUGUGUACUCUUCAUCAAAGGAACCAACACUUACGGGGCCAUUGCAGGUUACAUUUUUGGACUUUUCCUGAGAAUUACUGGAGGGGAGCCAUAUCUAUACUUGCAGCCCCUAAUCUUCUACCCUGGUUAUUACGUUGACAAGAGUGGUAUAUACAACCAGAGAUUCCCCUUUAAAACUCUCUCCAUGGUUACCUCGUUCUUGACCAACAUUUGUGUUUCUUAUCUAGCCAAAUAUCUAUUUGAAAGUGGAACCUUGCCUCCGAAACUAGACGUAUUUGAUGCCGUCGUUUCGAGGCACAGUGAGGAGAACAUGGACAAGACUAUUCUAGUCAGAAAUGAAAACAUCAAAUUGAAUGAACUUGCACCUGUGAAGCCUCGACAGAGUCUAACUCUCAGUUCAACUUUCACCAACAAAGAGGCCCUUCUCGAUGUUGAUUCCAGCCCAGAGGGAUCUGGGACUGAAGACAACGUACAAUGACCCCACCUAAACUGUACAGAACAGCGUGUUGCUGUAGGAUGGUCUUGGAAAGAAGGUUUGGAACAUAUAUAACAGACAUUAAAAUAUAAACAUUUGGGGGUAGAAGCUUUGCAUAAAUAAAAAGUUAUGAUGGAUGAGUUCAGAAAAAAAUAGCAAUUGCACAGAGAGAAGGAAUCAAGUGUGAAAACAAUGGCUUUAUUUCUCAUCAUAGCACUUUUAAUUUUGAAUAGUUUUGUUAAGGCAUAUAUAAAUGAAUAAAGUCCUAGCCAAAGAAAUGGCCAGAUAUUACUUAUCUCUAUUAUGGAAAGAGGAAAUAUAUAUUAGCGAGCCCAUGGAAAGCAGUCUGAAUGGUUCUUAGCAUCUUUGCUGGCUAAUGCACUGGACAUUAGGUUAAUUACUACAACACGUAUACUGUGUUUAUUCUCAAUCACUACUGUCAAUUUUUCAAUGAGUUAACCAGUUCACCUCUCUCCAUGUGUAUAGUAGCCUGCUUUUCCAUGAUCUGACUGUGACAUUUGCUCAGUUUUCAACUUGCAUUCUCUUAGCCUUUCCUGUUCUUCUUCAUGAACAUGCUCUCCCUCCCCAUUCGUCCCUCCCUUCUUCCCUCUCUCUGCCACUCUUCCAUUUUUUUUCUUUUCCUUCUUCCCCCACUCUUCCCUAUC